AUGUUUUUACGUAGCGCUUUGCGUUUGGGAGGCCAUCGGAGAGUAAUUGGCAGACAGUUUCAUGCGGCGUCAGUUUUACUGAAAAACAGCAAGUAUGGUUCAGUGGCUAACUAUCAGGAUAGGCUGAAACACUUGGAGUUUGACAAGCACUAUAAGAUCCGGUCUAACAUUGAGCUGCUGAUUCAAGAAUAUGCUAGCAAGCCGAUUCCUCCGUUGACUUAUGAUUAUCUGACUCAUUACAAACCACCACUGAGUGCCAAUGAAGAGUACAUGUUGACCAUCAAGACUAUCAAUCUUCUUCUAUCGUACACUUGCAGGAGGUUGAAUGCUAUUCAGAAACUACCUUAUGUGGCUGCUGUGAAUCCAUCUAUCGAGAAGAGUUACUCACUAUAUCUUAAGACGUUGGAAUCGUUACUCUCCAUUGAAUUUCCUUAUGCAUUGCAUGACAAAGACAUUAUACAUGGACUACUGAUAGAGUUUCUCGAUGAUCAUCAGGAUACCGUAGAGACAUUGUCGCGUGGCCUGGAAGAAAUCAUGGACUUCCUCGAGAAGGAUACUAUAUUCAAGUUCUUGGAUGAACACUUAAGAGACAGGAUCGCUAUGAAGAUCCUUGCUACAAAUCAUUUGGCUGUGAGUAAUCACAAUCGGGACUCUGAUCCAAAUAUGAUCGGGACUAUUCACAAGGCGUUGCCAGUGGCAGAUAUGGUCAAGAAAGUUUCGGAGUUCGUCAGUGAUCUAUGUUUUGUCAAGUACGACCAGCUCGUAGCACCUGUAAAAAUAUAUGGCGGCCACGAUGUGACAUUCCCCUGCAUCCCCACCAUUCUAGAGUAUGUGCUAACCGAGAUUCUUAAAAACUCAUACCGCGCUCACAUAGAGAACACCACAUCUCACAACUGUCUCGUUGAGAAGCCAGUAGAAGUGCAAAUAGUCAAGGAUGAAAAAUACGAUGAAGAGUUGGAGAUUAGAAUAAGAGACUUUGGCGGAGGUAUACCACCAAACGUUGAGUCUCACAUUUUCGAGUACUCCUACACUACGGUGGAGUCGGAUAAGAAGGAGUCCGGUGCCAGCGCAUAUGUGAUCCCAGGAGAGGAUAUAAACAUUGUUUCAGGUAUGGGAUUUGGACUGCCGAUGUGCAAGGCCUACAUAGAGAUGUUCGACGGUAAGUUGGAUAUUCAAAGUCUAUGGGGAUGGGGUACAGACGUGUAUAUCAAGUUGAAAGGGCCAACAAAGAAGAUGUUGGAGCCCAAGAAGGACGAAUGA